CCCUAAGCGUCACUUCCGCUUCCGAAAGUAGAAACCAUAGCAACAGCACUUAUAAAUAUAUUGUCUGUGUUUAUUCUAUAUUAUCCACAAACACAAAUAAAUAAUUUAUUCAUAUUCAUUUUAUUUACAGUAAAUAUACAGUCAGCUAAUUGGUCUCGUCCGUUCAAUUAUGCUAUACCGCCGGACGGCACCCAUUUUAUUAGACUUAAAUACGUUUAAAAUACAGUGUAAAUUAAUUUCGUUUUAAUCGCUCUUCAUUUCUGAGCAAUUAAAAAAAAAAAAAAAAAAACACUUAUGACUGUAUUUUUUAAUUUUUAUUGCGGAACGCCAAAAACGGAAUCUGCUGUUGCAGGAGGGAGCGGUUAAAGGGGUGCGCAGGAAGAGGAUUCAGUUGUUGACAUGCGUUUGGUUUUUUUUCUACAGAGUUUGCUGGAAACCGAAAAGACAGAAACACGGUCGAGUCGAUAAAUAUUGAGAAAUAAUUACAGGUUCUUUUUUUGUUUAAAACAAUUACAGAAUCCCUAAAAAGUCUGACGGCCGUUUUUGGAGGAAAAGCCACAUCCGUAUUCCAGUUGCUUGACGUUUAAAAGGGCUAACUGUCCGUCGUUGUGGUCAGACCCGACCCUUGCAGGUAAGCCAUAAACCACCGGCGUCACGCUGAAGCGCAGAGCGGAACAGCAUGUCUCAGGCGACCAAGAGGAAGCACGUGGUGAAGGAGGUUUUGGGAGAUUACGUCAUCCCCUCGGAACGGCAGCAGAUCGUUCGGGUUCUGGGAACUCCCGGGAACAACCUCCAUGAAGUGGAGACGGAGCGGGGAGAGAGAUUCCUGGUCACCAUGCACAAAUUCAGGAAGAACAUCUGGAUUAAACGAGGUGAUUUCCUCAUCGUGGAUCCCAUUGAGGAAGGAGAGAAAGUGAAGGCAGAGAUCCGCUUCAUCCUUCACAAAGAUUACAUCCGCUAUCUGAAGAAGGAAGGAGCCCUGAACCAGUUCUGCGCGGUGGGGCGGCCCGAGAGUGACUGCGGCAGCAAAAAACCGGGUGAGCCAGAGGGCAGCCUCUCUAGAAUUGGGCAACACUCCGAAGUUGAAAAAGCAGACGGCUGCUUGGAGAGGAGGGGGCGGGGUCAGAAGAGAAGGGGGCGGGGUCAGAAGAGGAGGGGGCGGGGUCAGAGGACAGCGAAAUCAGAGCCGGACGACAGCGACCUGUUUGUCAACACGAACCGGGUGGAUUACGAAUACACAUACAGCGAGGAGGAGGAGGAGGAGGAGGAGGAGGAGGAAGGCAGCGCAGACAGGAAGGACUGAUCUGUCCUCCAUCUUCCAGGAACACAAGCCCCCAGAAGAGACACCGCACCGCGCUCUGAACGCUGCAGUGAUUUAAAGCAGAGGAUCUCUGACUCCUUGGGCUGCUCCCACCUCGUCUGUGGUACUUGAAGACGCCCCCCUCCCUCCCUCCCUCCCUCGUCUACUGCAGGGGUCUCAAACCCGGUCCCCGGGGCCCCCUCUGUUAUGUCUGCUGGUUUUCAUUCCACUGAGCUCUCAAUUACUUCACAAAGACCCUUCACUGAACCGAUCGCUUGAUUAAACAGUUGCAGAUUUUAAAAGUUACUUUAUAAAAAUGUUACGGCGAACUUGAAAUCUAAAUUUUAAGAGCUGAAAACAAGUAGAGGUCUAAUUUAAGCGAGCGAUCAGUUCUGUGAAGGGUCCUGGUUCAGCGAUUGAGAGCUCAGUUGGAAUGGAAACCAGCAGACACAGCAGAGGGGCACAGGACCGGGGGGUGGGGAAGCGCUGGACUGUUUCAACGUUCCUUUAAUAUAGAUUUGAAACCGCUUCCGUCUCCAGUGUGUUUGUUCAGCACUGGCAGAGGGGAGGAAAAUGUUCUAGAAAUGUGGGCCAGCAUAGGCUUCAAUACCCACGCAAAUAAAUAAGAAUGAGUCUUUA